AUGUCAUUUAGGAAAAGAGGCGACGUUCUGGGGGCUCCUGGGGCUAGAAGAUUGCCAGUUGGUGGUCAAAUUCCUGGCAGAAGCCUGGGACCACAAAGAACUCCUGUAACCAGCAAUGAUGCGCAAUUAGCCGACCGAGUUGGUAAAUUGUCGAUGCGAGAUGUGUCAAAUUCUAAAACAACUGGGCAAAUUGACAGCGCUCAUCCAGGUAUAAGACCUUCUCCAGCCACUUCGCAGCCUUCCACAGCUACAGGAUGUCAGGAUUUGGAUAAAUUAUUGGGCCACAUGGGUCUUCCUCUUGGACAAACGCUUCUAGUCCAGGAACAGAGCGCGACUGAUUUCGCCUCAGUGCUCGUGAAAAACUUCGCUGCCCAGGGUAUCGUUCACAACCGUAAAGGUGGCCCCAGUUCGCUGGCCGCGGGAAACACUCAUCUAGUGGUGCUGACUAUGAACCCGUUUUUCGCGAAAGAACUUCCUGGCGUGUAUCAGGGCUCGAAAAAAGAGGCCAAACGGUUCAAAGUCUCGAGUGCCGAAUCUGAGGUCACAGUUCAAAACAUGCUCGAGUCCGGGGCCGCAGUGAGCAAGCCCUCUGCUGCUCCUGGCAAGGAUUUGAAAAUCGCGUGGAGAUACGGUUUGAAGGAUAACCUUCAGAAAGGCGCCCUGGCACGCAAUGGGGACGUCGAAUUGGAGACCUACCCUGAAUAUUCGCACACCUUCGAUAUCACGUCGCGUCUCGUUCCUGCUCCCACUUCUGCAGAAAUUACGCUUAUAUCGCCGGUCCAGCCGCUUUCAGCGGUCCUAACGCAGCUCCAAGCGGUGUUCCAAAAGCACCAGAAGAAGCUGAUACGGAUACUGCUGCCCCAGUUCUUGCAUCCAGUAAUGUAUCCGCCCAAAUAUUCAAAACUAGCGGAGCUUUUGCCUCUGUUGCACGGGAUCAGAUCUGUGGUGAAACAGAACGCCGGACGCGCCGUCCUCCUGGCCUCUAUUUCUUCAGAUCUCUACGCUCACAACGGCAAUCAGGUACUGACAAUGAUAGAGAACCUUUUCGACUCUGUGAUAGACCUUGAGCCGUUUCCGCAAGAGAUGUCGCAAUUUUUGGAGCGAGUGUACAAAUCUCAGCCCAACAAGAUACAGCACGGCCUCGUACAUGUUCUCAAGCUGCCUCUGCUAAGUGAUAGAGGUGAAAUGCACGUACAGAGGUCUGAAUACGCUUUCAAGAAUGGCAGAAAGAAGUUCGAAAUCGAGGCCUGGGGCAUCCCAGUAGAUGAUUCCGAGGUACAGGACUCUAAAAAUAUGGCUGAAAAGCCUACAGAAGAUCAUAAUCACACUAAAGUGGCACUGGAGUUCUAA